GUUCUUGCCAGAUCGGUUGGGCUUCCAUCGGCGCUCGACCUUCUAUUCCUGCUCAUCUGAUCCGACCACCAAACUCGCUUGUAGAGGGAAGCACGAAGCAUGUCUACGCGAGCCGGCGCCCGUGGUAAGAAGCGGGACAUCGUCCCUGAGGACACUCAAGGGCGGGAAAGGGGUCGGCGACAUGUCCCCAAGGCGAAGAGGGUUCAUUCGGAUGAUGCUGCAGGAAGCGUGCCUCCUCGUCAACCGCAAGGUUGGGCGACAGCAGUGGAAGGCGACGACGACGACGUCUUCACGACGGAGGAAGAAGCAGCGGAGGAGACCGUGUAUGCAGUGCGGAAGAGUGGUCACCAGUGCUCUUUUGAUCACAGCGCUGCGAGGAGGAGGUUGAUGCCUCCAACCGAGGCGCCGCAUGUGCAUGCCCGCGAAACACAGUCAGAGAAGGAGGACGUUGUCAAUCUCCGCGACAUUGCGCGGGCUAUGUGGUACGACGAGGAGUGGAGUAACGUCGUCAGUACGGCCGUUUGCGUGCACACAAUAGACCUGUCUAUGAACUUGCCACAGUGGUUCGCGGGUGCCAGCAUCGAGGACACGCCUGAGGAUGACGACAUGGCGGCGUACCAGGAGUCCACCAUGAUAUGCAUAGCGCAUGGAUUCCGCGCCGCGGUGCAAAUGGGUGCGAACGUCGACAGCGGGUUCAUCUCACACGACCGUCUUUCGCGGGUUGCUGACUGCUUCCGGCUUUUGUUGACGGCCAGCAUGUGGUAUAUGCGCAUGGCGACAGACGAUCUGCGCAGCCACUAUGAAGCUUUUUACUUCGCGAAGCUGGUGGCGAAGCCCACGCUCAUCACGUCCAUGCAUCACUCCUUCGAACAUCGACGAUCAGUCAUCCGCGCCACACAUGUCGUGACAGAGAGGCUUGGGAAUGUGAACUCUACCUUGCGAGAGUAUCUGAAAUACAUGCCUGAAUGGGCAUCAUGCGGCAUCGUUUUCGGGCACGACGUGAGCAUAACUGGGCUGGAGGAUGCGAAGAGGCUGGAUUGGUUGGGUUCGAGCCCCCUGGAGGAGGAGAACGAUGACGCUGGAAAAGAUGACGCGUAGGGGGGCAGGGUUGAAAAAUUCCCGCGAGAAAUGAAAGUUGAAAAAACAU